GGGGGGAGGGUGAGCGCGGCGGGGAGGGGCAGCGCCGGAGCCUGCGCGCGCACCGCUCUCGCGUCAGUCGCUGGGCGGCGGUAGCCGGCGCACGGUCGAUAUCGCCUGGCCAUGCUGCCUGCACGCGCUUCCGCGCUGUGAAGAGACCAGAGGUCAGUGACAUGUGUGUGUAACAGGGUCAACUCAUCAUGUGCCUUGGGGAACCUGUACCGGUUGUAAUGCGAAUGCUGCUUUCAUAGGAUUUUUUUACAAUAAUGCGGCAAUCCAAUGGAGUCUAGCUUAGGCAAAACUAAAGCCGAUUCAUGUCAUGCGCUGAUUUCCAACGCUAUGCUAACUUUACGUGAGGGGUACGGCGGGUGUGGGCGGCGGCGCGGCGCGGGCGGGGCGGGGUCGCGCGGCAUGCGGCGGCGCCCGCUGCUGCCGCUGCUGCUGCUGGCGCUGCUGCGCGCGCACGGCCUGCUCGCCGCCUCCGGAGAAGCUGAUUACACACUGGACGAUUCAUUUUGGAAUGAAGAAAGCCCAGUCGGUGAAGUUGAGCGGCUGCUACGCGAGUACCGACAGAACCAGGAGCUAGUGCGGAACAUCGGUGCCCACUACUAUCAGAUCAUCUACCCAGUGCAGCUGCGUCAUCACGAGAAGAUGGGCAUUUCCACGCGCGAGGUCAACGCGCAGAAGGGACGCGGCUAUGGUUCAGACUACCAACAGGGCACACGGUCGCGAGCUAGGACUGGCAAACACUUCCACCGGACUUCCCUCCUCAUCAAAGCUUUCAACCACAAGUUCAGAUUAGACCUCGAGCUUAACACGCAACUGCUAGCACCUAACCUGAAACAAACACACUUCCUGUCCAACGGCGUUGAAACUGAAAUAAGACAAGAAAUCGAACACUGCUACUACCACGGCACAGUGAAAGACUACCCAGGCGCCUCGGCGGCGUUCCACACUUGCAACGGCGUAUCUGGCGUCAUACACAUCGGGAACGAGACUUUCGUCAUACACCCGUUCUACGGAGGAGAUCUCUCGAAGCACCCCCAUGUCAUCUUCGAGGCGCGAACGAAGGCGAACAAGGGUUGCGCCAACAAGCUCGAAUACCGCCCAAAGAGUCGCCGGACCAAACAUGUCUCGUUCGUCGAGACGCCGAUGGCUGAUGACCCUAUAGCUGUCGUAGAAAGAACGCCCCGCUCAAAGGAGGGCGACUGGCGGUGGUGGAAAGACGCCGGUCUCCGGGAGCUGAAGCGACGCAGAAGAGACGUACGAGAGACAACGAAAUACAUAGAGACGGCGCUCGUGAUCGACCGCGCGAUGUUCGAGCGACGGAACGGCAGCACGCGCUCAGAAGUCGUGCAUGACGCCAUACAGGUCGCCAACAUCGCGGAUUUAUAUUUCCGGACCCUAAACACGCGGGUAUCCCUUGUCUACAUCGAGUCGUGGCAGGGCGGGGACCAGGCGGACAUAGAACGCAAGCAGGACAUCACACGUGCCAUACUUAAGUUCAACGAUUAUACGUCGAGGAAGCUCUUCAAGAUUGAGAAGGACACCACGCAGCUUCUCACUGGCCUCUCAUUCCCCGGUGGAGAGUCUGGCAUCUCAGUACCAGACACGGUGUGCACACCCAAGUCCGUGGGUAUCUCCGUCGACACCAACACGUACGAGCCACAUCUGCUCGCCGGAACGAUGGCGCAUAUGAUCGGACAUAACAUCGGAAUGGGUCACGAUGACGGCCGCGAGCAGUGCUUCUGCCGGGACUGGCACGGCUGCAUCAUGGCGCAGACCAUCGUAGGCCUCGACCACGUCCAGCCUUAUAAGUUCUCCGACUGCUCGAAGAAUGACUACAUCAACGAGCUCCGGAUAGGCCAGGGGCUGUGUCUGCUGAACAAACCUAAUGAGCUAAUCGUCCACCGCCAAUGCGGCAACGGCCGGCUCGACGAGGGUGAAGAGUGCGACUGCGGGCCGAUCGACGAGUGCCAAAAGACCAACCCCUGUUGCGACCCCAUCACCUGCCGACUCACCAAGGAGGCGCAGUGCGCUUCGGGAGAGUGUUGUGAACAGUGCCAAUUGAAACCACGCGGCGUGACUUGCCGUGAUGCCGCCAACGAGUGUGACCUGGAAGAAACGUGCACGGGCCUGACUGGUGUAUGUCCCCCUGAUGCGUACAGGAAGAAUGGAGAACUAUGCGAAGAAGGCAAGGGCUACUGCUUCGCUGGCACCUGCCCCACCCUGUCAACGCAAUGCGCCACCAUCUGGGGCCCGGGCACCACGGGCGCCGACAAGGAGUGCUUCGAGCAGUUCAACUCCAAGGGCGCCGUGACGGGGCAUUGCGGGAAGGACACCAAUGGAUACAUCAAGUGUGAGAUAGAGAACGUCAAAUGUGGUUCACUGCAGUGUCAACUAGGAAACCGAUAUCCCGUGGUGCCAGGCAUGGACGAGUACUACACACGGACUGUUAUUACCAUCAAGGGCACUGAAUAUGAGUGCAAAGCUACGACCGGCCUGCCCGACCACCCUGAAAUCAGCCCGCUAGGUCUGGUGAGCGAUGGCACCCCGUGCGGCGACAACCUCGUCUGCGUCAACCAGACUUGCACCUCCAUCUUCCCGUACAUCGACCAUACCAAGUGCCCCAGCGGGCAUAACAACAACGAAUGCUCCGGGAAAGGGAUCUGCUCGAACGCGAACAAGUGCGUCUGCAGUCGCGGCUGGACCGGCCCGGACUGCUCGCAGCCGGACGCCCUGCCCCCCACCCCCACCGCCUGGGUGCCAGACAACGCCACCAAGGCCGCCUACAACAUGACCAAGAAAGAAACACCUUAUGAGAACUACCACGGCUCGAACACGGUGUUCCUCGUGGCGGUGCUAAUGUCUGUGGUAGGGGGGGUAUUCAUAGUAUUUGCCCUGAGCGCUCUCUGCUACAGGUCAGUCGUAGUACACAAAAACUUCUCCCUGUGCCUAAGGAAAAAGAGCACCAUGCCGAAGUACGACCCGCCCUACGUGAAGAAACCCAUCGCGAAGAGCUUCGGCGCCGGCUCCACCACCAGCAACAACUCACAGGAAGACAUCUCUUUAGAAGGCGGGAAGAUGCACUCCUUCAACAAUACCUUCAGAAAUCUCCUAAGCCGAGGUGACUCCCAGCGAGUAAUCUUCAGACACGGGAAUCACAUGUCGGGGCCUGGCAAUACUAGUAGAUAUCCAGAUCAUAAACAAAUGAAACGUGUUCAUUCGGGUAGUGAGGACGAGCCUACGCAUUCAGGCGAAGAGGACAUCGCCUUCAUCGACGUGCAAACCAACUCGAUGGCCAAGGUGCCCGAGAAGGGAAUACUAAAGAAGCACGCGUACGGGGCGGUGGACGGGAAGGACAAGUGGGGGGACGACAGCCAGAGCGAGCACCUGGAGGCGGGCUCGCAGUCCGACGGCCAGGAGCCGGCUGGCGCGGUGGCCGAUAUGGAGUAUAAGUUUAAGGAUUUGAACGGCUACCACGAAGGUAUAAUCGUGGCGCUGAAGACUGCAGCCGCGCAACGCGCCAGCGCCGGGGGCUCCGCCGUCGGCUCGGGCGACCUGCGCGCGCUACAAGAAUACGAAUACAAGCGCGAGCGCGCAUCCAGCGCGGAAAAGAUCCACGAAGCGGAACUUAGAAGACAGAGAGGCGGCGAAGAAGAGGAGGACGACGCGCCGUCUUGUGGGCCCAUUAGGAUCAGGAAUUUGGAAGAUUUGAUUAGGCAGUUGGAGCAUCAUUCGAGCAGGCACAUGAGUCCGUCGGGCUCCGAGGAUAUAAGGAUGUCGGAGACUGAGGCCGAUAGGCAUUAUAGAAUCGAGCCUGGAGAAGUGCCAGCUAACCGCUGCCGCGGGCGGAUCCCCGGCGAGGAGGAGUCCCGCUUCGGCUACCCGCGCUUCCGCGGCAGCGGGCGGCACCACGCGCCGCUGUUCCCGGCGCACCUGCACCCGCACGCGCGCGCGCCGCCCGACGACGACGCGCUCUACGAGACGGCCGACGCGGAGCGGCUCAGGGACGCGCCCGAUAGUGAGAGUGAUGAAUUUAUUCAAGCUCAACAACAGUUAGCCCGGUGGGCGAGUGAAGACGCGGUGCCGGCGGCGGCGCGAGACAGGGAGAGAGAAUACUUCCCGUCGCCCCCCGGCAGUUCCAGCAGCGACGCGACUAUCCGGCGCCCGCUGGCGCCCGGCGCGAGUGGCGCCCCGGGCGCCCCGGGCGGCCCGGCGCCGUCCACGACACCCGCGUCGUCCUCCUUCCCCGAGUACAAGCACUGACCGCGCGCUGCCGCUGCCGCGCCACCGAGCUGUGACCGCGCGCACGCAUUCUAAACCUUUUAGACGUAGUGGUACGAGGUAGUCGCCUGCGCGGCGCCCCGGGCGCCAACCCGAGCGUUGGCGAUUUCGCGAAGCUCGAUCCCAGCGUUUUAGCGUCGAUGAGAUAACCCUGUUGAAUUUAAAUGUUCGGAAAAGUACUUCCAUCCGAGUAAAUUUAGGGCAAAAUCUAAGACCACAUUUUUUGAUAAAAGCUUGUCUAUCCUCUAUCAUAAUAAUAACUAAAUGUCUAUUUCUAUCGAACAUAAAUCGACUGAAUAUAAAAAAAGACAAAAACUCUGACCAAAACAUUUUAAAUUCGAGAAAAUAAUUAGGGUUAUCUUUAUGACGCAUAUUAAUGACCAAAUGUGAGUGUAGGUAAGAGCGACAUUAUUUGAGAUACCCAAGGAAUUUUGUAUUCAGACUGCCAAGAAGGGUGGUACAGAUUUUAAUAGUUCCGUUUUAGACGAUAUGUUAAAUCACUACAAUUUGGUAUGUAAAAAAAUAUUAAAUUUGAGAGAUUAAUGUUCCGUGAAUACUGUGAAUAAGUGAGUCUUAUAGUUUAGUCAUAUAUCGUUUAGCUUUACUGAAAUUUAGUAGGCGCAAUACUACUACAACCAAUACUGCCAGUAAGUAAGUGAGACUUAUUUGAUGUGUGAAGUGGAAAAUGUGUGUCAGAAAUGACCCAAUCUAUCGUUAUUCCGUAAUGGAGUUCUAAUGUCUGAUGAGGACAAUUAGAAUUCCAACAUUAUGAAAUUUACGUAAUAUUAAGUUGUGAAGGGCGUUCAUGAUCCGAGACUCCUGUUAAUUCGAGCCUUGUAUCUAUUUUUUAUUGUAAUAAAAUACUAGCCACCGAAGCUCGCGUAUGAGUGUAAGUAAUUAAAAUUUAUUAAUAUUAAAUAUACUAUUUUAUAAAAUCACCAAUAAAAAGUGGUCUAUAAUGGAAGCAAUAUCACCAGCUCCACAGGGUACAAGGAACAUAAACGCAUUACUCUAAAAAAGUAUUUAUUGUACUUGCCAACACUAUUCGGUUUUAAAAUUUCUAAAUGCUCCCUUUGUAAAAAUAAUUGUGUGGCACUGAUAUUACUAGCUCUAGCUGUACAAACUCAAAAUAAAUCGGAGUAAAAAUAGAUAACUGAUAAAUUGCUAGCCCUCCGAUUAGGAUAAGUCGUGUGUGUCUAUUUUAAUCUUCACGAAAUCGCCAACUCUCGUACUAGCCCCGCGGCGUGGCGCCGGGCGUAUCCAAUAUUGUAUGCGCUGGGUUCCAACAACGCGGGUAAGACGCCUAGCGCUUGGACCCCACAGGCGCCACGGUGGGGGUGGCGAAGGCGCCCGCGGCGGCCCCGCGCACGCCUUAGGCUAAUUCGAUGUAACAUGUUGCACUGUUAGGGUAAUCACGUUACGAAUAGUUAACCGUUAGAACACAAUAAUAUUUCACACGUAGCUAAUGAAAUAAAUGAAUAGCGAAUGAAUGUAGGAGGCGCUGCGCAGCGCCAUUCCGCUGUGAAUACGUAUGUAGUUAUUGUUAGAAAAUCGUGUACAUAUACUGAAGUAUGAAGUAUUAAAUGCACAUUUAUUAUGAUUGACUGACUAUAGGAAAAUUAGAUUAAACUGUUGAAUGUAAGUUGAAUGAAGCGCGCCGCGCUCUUUUGUCGCAGUAACUGUUACGUUAAAAUGUUUAAUAAUUAUAUUUGUUCUAUUAAUAUGAUACGCUUUAUAACUCUUAUCUCUGUUUGUAGCGGGGCUAGGGCGCGGGGCGCGAGUGCUAGAUCUAAGCGUAAGUUAGAGUAAGGUCGUCGUUUUAUGGUAGCGUAAGAGCUGUGCGGUGUCGAGGUCCCGCGAGGCGUGGAGCUCGCGUUCGAUCUUCCGACCGUCGGAGCUCAAGUAGCUUUGAUUUAGAUAGGCUAUUAACAAAUUGAACACUUAUUAUUAAGCGAAGCUUUAAUGUAACGUGUGUUAGUUUGAAGGAUGUCGAUAUUCGAUGCAGAAGGCGAGCUCAACGUCUGGCCCGAUGGCGAUGCGUUUCUUGGUUAGCCUAAGUUAAAUAAGUUGUGAAGAGUGCUUGUCAGACUUGCUCAGCGUGUGUCGAGUAUCGAAGUGGGCGAAGAGCAACCGUCCCGGAGUCACCCCGGUGUGACACCGCCACGGUAUCAUUACAGUUUAAUCUCUCUGAUCAGCCCUGCGCGUACAGAAUUCCACGUAAGUAUCAAAACAUUAUAGUCCUUUCCACGGCAGGGUCGCCAUGAUGCCGUGGUCGGUGUGACGCCUCUCCGAACACGCCCCACUUCACACUGCGUCAUUUGUUACAUCGCGUUUAAGGAAUUUUAAACUAAGCAACAUAACACCAAUAUCAAAAUCAAAGUUCAAAUUCCUUUUUUAUACUCUGUUGUUGAAAUUGACAUGGCAGAUUCGUAAAUAAACUUAGUACCUAUGGAUGGCUCUCUCUCCUUCGUUUUUACUUACCUAUAUUAUAUUUUAACGAGAAAUUUUAAAAUAUCCAAAUGUAAGUUUAUUGGUAUCCUAAUUGUGUGCUUGAACAAUAUGUAGGUAAUAUUUAGUUAGUUAUACGCAAUAUUGGGGAAAACAGAUGAAUAACAAAAAUUAGGAAUGCGUACUUUAUUUUCCACAACUUAUCCAUGCUAUAAUAAUGAUCCCUAUGACAAUUCACUUUAUAUGGAGUAGGACGGAUUUUUAUUACUAGUUUUACCUACUGAUUUAUCUCAAAUUAGUUAUGCGCCAUGCGUUAGCCAUGUCAACCGAACUUGGAUAGUCUAAGUUGUCAAAGUAAGAAUAUUUAAACAAAUUCUAGUUAAACAAACAUCACAACCAGAGAUCUCGUACCGUGCACAUAUUCUAGACGUAAUAAACGUACGCAUAUUCUAAAACUUAAUGUGAAUUAUAAAAGUUAUCCCAUUUUAUCAGAAAUAUCUAUUAUUAUUAUUGUAUUAAAUAAACGAAUUUAUGCAGUUUAACCUGAAAGAUAUGUACGAUAAAAUGUGUUAUAGUUUCGCGUUUAUUUUAUUGUAAACAAAUUUAGAGAGUUAUCGUUUCAUUCGCGAUUACGCUAGGUUAGGUGGCCCGGCCACGACAUAACUCGUAGUCUACAAGUAAAGUAUUAUAAUAAUGGACGAGGAGUGUCGGCUAUUAUCAUUCCGACUCGAUAAACACCGGGCUGAGCUCGAGCGGCGAACUCAGGACGCCAUUUUGGAGAGUCCGUUUUAAAUUAUGCUUUACGAAUGCACAACAGAAAGCCAACAACCCCUAACGUAAGCCCGUGUGUGUUAAUGUCCUCCUGGGUUCGCCGCUUCCCGCGCCGGAUUUCCAAUCUUUACGGAAUAUUUGUUGUACUUUAAGUUAGUCUAAAUAGUUACUAUGAACACGUACAGGGUAGAUGUUAUUGCAAUACUCUGUAGCUGGGUGUUGCACUCGCCCGCGCGGCGUGAGUCGACGUCAUUUACUCAUAAAUACCAGAAAAUGCUCAAUUAUUGUAUCCAGAGAAAUGCUCUAAUGGCCACCCUAGUUCGUGUCCGUCGACAACGCGCCGCGCACGUGAAAUGUACGCCGAACCAGACGGAGUCCUUUUUAAAUAUCUUAUCUUUUUUCAGCUACAAUCCGAUCUUUAUAAUGUUUCAACGUCGGCAAAGCGUACAAGCGAGUGCGCGAUCCAGUAGGCGUCCCGAGCGCGCGUUCAUAAACCUGCAAGCCAGUCUAUGCGAUCCUCCUGGCACUUGCUACAUCGGUAUAGAGUCGAAAGUCGCACAGACUAGCUUGUACGCGUAGGCCUAAUCGUCAAUUGCGGACGCGCCAGAUACGCCAUUGCUCACGGCAGUGUUCUGCUCGUCGCGAAUCAUUGCAACGGCUCGGGAAGAACCACUAUCGCUAAGCCUCACUCAUAUCCGUAACUAUCUUAGAACGCGGCAUACUUAAAUUGUGACUAGUUAUGCUAGAUGCGUGUAAGAGCGUGUAAUGUAAAAAAUGGAAUGUUAUUUUUCAGUGUUUAUAGAGUUAGAGUUAGGAGCUCUGAAAAAUGGCAUCGUUUCAUCCACACUGCAGCGUAUUGUAAUGUGCACAAAUUUGGUCGCGAAAAUUGCCAUCUUAUAGCCACCCUAACAGUGCGACAGAUAAUUAAGUUUAACAUUGUAUAAUGUAUUGCACUACCUAUAAAUUGUAAAUUUAAUAAAAAUGGAGGUAAUUGCUCAAAAUGUGUACCGAUUGCAAUGGUUCGCGUAGCCUGAGGCCGCGCCCUAACUAAAUAAUUAGUAUGUUAAACUUAAGUGAUAUUAUGUAAUAUAAAAAUACGAAUUUUAAACGAAAAACGUUGAAACGUCAUUUUCUGUUUGGUUUUGUCCUUGUAAAUAUAUUUGCUAUAUGAUUUACUAAAUGAAUGUAACAUAUUAUUAACAAGAAAAAAUAGAUGAAACAACAAUUUU